AUGUCAGGACUUGCCAACUCAAGGUUAUUCGAGCCCAUUAAGGUGGGUGAUGUUUUGUUGAAAAAUCGUCUCGCUUACGUUCCAACCACAAGGUUCAGGAACACAGAUGAUUUUGUGGCUACUGACUCGGUACUCAAGUAUUAUGAGCAGCGUGCUGAGGAUAAUGGUGGACUUCUUAUUACGGAGGCCACAUUCCCAUCACUGGAGUUUGGUCUUUACAAAAAUACUCCGGUCCUUAAGACAGCAAGACAGGUGUCAUCCUGGAAACAGGUGGCCAAAGCUGUUCAUGACAAGGGUUCUUAUAUUUCGAUGCAACUCUGGAAUUUAGGAAGAGCGGGCGAUGCUAAGACAUUAAAAGAGCACAAUUUACCGUUAAUUGGAGCCUCCGCUUUGUACAUGGAUAAGGAUAGCGAAAAGAAAGCUUUAGAAGCCGAAAAUCCUAUUAAAGCAUUGAGUGUUGACGAGAUUCACUCGAUGAUCAAAGAGUACGCAGCAGCAGCUAAAAGGGCCGUAGACGAGGCCAAGAUUGAUUUCGUUGAGCUACAUGCUGCUCAUAUGUAUCUUCCAGAUCAGUUUUUGAACGAGGUUUCUAACAAGAGAACUGAUGAAUAUGGUGGAAGUAUUGAAAAUAGAGCUAGAUUUAUUUUGGAGGUGGUUGAUGCUUUGAUCAAGGCUGUCGGGGCUAAGCACGUUGCAAUAAGACUCUCACCGUAUGCACGGUUCCAAGGUGGUCAAAGUGUUGAUGCGAAGAUUGAUCCAAUUGUAGUCUACGGCUACGUGCUAAGCGAGCUAGAAAGAAGGGCCAAAGAGGGUAAUAGAUUGGCAUACGUUUCAUUUGUAGAGCCAAGAGUUGCAGGUGGGGAGAAUAGCCCAGAAGCCGCCAAGUUGAACACUGCUUGGGUCAACGAGAUCUGGAAGGGUGUCCUUAUAAGAGCAGGUGCUUUACUACAUGAUGAGGGUUACACGGUUGCCAGAAAAUAUAUUGAUGAAGACGAUAGAACACUAAUUGGUGCAUCAAGAUUCUAUACAUCGAAUCCAGAUUUGGCCAAUAGGCUCAAGAACGGCUAUCCUCUUACUUAUUACGACAGAAGUAAGUUCUACGCCCAAUGCAACUACGGUUACAUAACGUUUGGAAAGUAUGGCGAAGAUAAUCUAUCUGAGGACAGUGAGUUGGCAAGAGCUAAACCCAAGCCAUUGGCCUAG